AGUGAGAGCCACCAGACGACAGCAAGAUGUUCGAGUGCUUCCUGGAAAUAGCCUUCGAGGCGGAGGUGCACACGCAGGAGCACCCAGAACUGCAAGAGCUGGCGCGGCAGCUGGUCCACGAGGAUCCCGCCACCAGGCCCGCCGCCAUCCAGGAGCUGCGCGACAUGGUAUACGAGCGCGGGGAGUGCGCGCCCAGGCGCAUGGACGACGCGUUCCUGCUGCGGUUCCUGCGCGCGCGACGCUUCGUCGUGCCGCGCGCGCACAAACAGCUGGUCCGUUACUGCCGGUUCCUGGAGGAGUACCCCGAGCUGUACCGGGACGUGGACCUGUGGGGGCUGGCCCGCGUGGGCUGCGCGUACGAGGGCUGCAUGCUGGACCGGCCGGGCGUCGGCCGCGUGACUAUACUGCGGUUCGGAACAUGGGACCCCGACGACUACCCCGUGGAGGAGCUGGUGAGGGUGGCAAUGGCCAUGAUGGAGAUCGGGCUGCGCUCGCCCAAGAUACAGGUGGUGGGCGGCACCGUGAUCGUGGACAUGGCCGGCAUCACCAUGAAGCACGUGGCCACGCUCACGCCCACCAUCGCCUACCAGAUCGUCUGCCUCAUGGGGCUGGCGAUCCCUUGCGUGAUGAAUUCCUGCCACAUCGUCAACUACAACUGGCUUCUCAACACCUUCUUCUUCCUCUUCAAGCGCUUCAUCCCCAAGAAGGCGUGGAAGGUGAUCCACUUCCACGGCCACGACCUGGAGUCGCUGCGCCGGCUGGUGGACCCCGCGUGCCUCCCGCCGCGGUACGGCGGCACGUGCCGGCACCACGCCACCAUCGGGACCUGGCUCAACAAGAUCAGAAAGUACAGAGACGAGGCCUUCGAUCGGGAGAUGAAGGAAUUCGGCUGGGUGAUAAAGGAGUGAUGAACAGAUAACUAUAAGGGUCGGCGCCAUUAACGUCGCUAAAUUGUUUGUAUUGGAAAUUUCAUAGUUCAUUGCUGAUCGCCGAUGAAUAACUAUUUUUGAAAUGCUUUAAAAUUCCUAAAUUAAGUUCUAAACACAAUCGACUACCUAUACCUAGUGACUGCAUGUAAAUUGAUUGCUUAUCAUGUGCAAGAAUUGAGAUUUAGAAAACAGACAUGUUCUGCUUCAUGUAGGAAUGAAAAUGUUAUUUGAUUUCUAUAAGGUAAACGUCCUGGUGCUCGACAUGCUAAUGCCCAAUAGAUGACACCUUGCUAUCACCUCCAUUGACAAUGACUUAAGUUUCAAGAUGACAUGUACUGGGGCCGCGUCGAACACCAGUACGUUUACCUUAUAAAACAAAACUGUAACGUUUUACAUUAUGUGUGAUGAUGAUGAUGGUACUCGUACUAAUGCGAUCUCAUGUUAUUUAGUAAGUAAAUUGUUGGGAAUUGAAGGUACCCUUGUAACCUAUAUUUCAUCCUACUAGUCCAUAAAAAUAACUAUUAUCAAUGCAAUGUCUGUACAAAAUAUUAGAUUUUUUACCGACCACAUUUUUUUAUUAAACUGUUUUUUGACAAACGCUUGUUACUCGACUUACUCGUAGCUGUAUUUAUACCUACACAUAGUACACAUAGGUACAUAAAUUAAUAGAAAUUAAUUCAAGAAAGUAUUGUCGACAUUACGCAUCGACAUUUACAAAAUAAAGACGUUUCGUUUGA